AUGAGUGAAUCAAGUAUUUGCCAGGCUCGGGCCACUGUGAUGAUCUACGACGACGGCAACAAGAAGUGGCUUCCUGCAGGUGCUGGACCUCAAGCUUUUAGCAGAGUUCAGAUCUAUCACAAUCCAACCAAUAAUGCCUUCAGGAUAGUGGGACGAAAGAUGCAAACAGACCAACAGGUGGUAAUAAAUUGCCCUAUAGUCCGAGGUUUAAAGUAUAACCAGGCCACACCAAACUUUCAUCAAUGGCGGGAUGCUCGACAAGUUUGGGGGCUCAACUUCGGCAGCAAAGAGGAUGCGGCUUUAUUCGCCAACGGCAUGCACCAUGCUCUGGAGGUGCUCAGCUCUAUGGCAGAUGCAGGUUACGCAACUCUUCCCCGAGCAGUGGCAAAUGGACCAUCUCAAGAGGAGAUUGAACAACAACGAAGAUUAGAGCAACAACGACUGGAGCAGGAGCGUCUGGAGAGGGAGAGACAGGAACGCGAACGCCUGGAAAAAGAGCGACUGGAGAGGGAAAGACAAACAGCUGCAGCCAUGCCGCCUCCUGCACCUCCGCCUCCUCCCAUGGCCCCAGCUGCACCUGCACCUCCUCCUGCUCCUCCUACUCCUCCUGCUCCUCCAGCUCCUCAGGCCCCUCCUGCCCCCCCGGCCCCCCCUCCUCCACCAGGACCUCCUGCAUCAGGGGGCGUUCCUCCGCCCCCUGCUCCUCCUCCUCCUGCUGGGGGGAUCCCACCUCCUCCACCACUGCCCGCUGCGGGAAUAGGUGGAAGUGAUAGUGGAGGAGGUGGAGGAGGCCUGGCAGCAGCUAUAGCAGGCGCCAAACUACGGAAAGUUUCAAAGCAGGAGGAAUCGGCUCCAUUAGCCCGAGCGGAUGCCAGUCGCAGCAGCAACUCUUCGAUUGGUGGAGGAGGAGGUGGAGGUCUUAUGGGUGAAAUGAGUGCCAUCUUAGCACGGAGGAGAAAAGCUGCAAAUGCCGGAGAGAAGGCACCUGUGAAAAAACAAGAAAAUAAUGAUGAUUCCGAUUCUCAAAGUCAAAACGACUCUGUCAGAAGACCAUGGGAGAAGUCUUCAAUGAUCAGGAAUAACUCCAUCAGCAAGAACAUGGACUCCAUUUCCCAAGGUUCCAGACCAAAGUCAACAGGAAAUAACGAUUCAGGUGGUGGUUUUGAUGACUCUGACUUAGAAAAACUAAAACAGGAGAUCCUUGAGGAGGUGCGAAAAGAACUGCAGAAGGUUAAAGAAGAGAUAAUUGGAGCAUUUAUUCAGGAGCUACAAAAAAGAGCCACGUAA